GAUAAAUACAUAAGAGAAAGUGACACGCUCUUUGACAGGGGUCCAUUUUACAUAGUGGAUGGAAGAGUAAUUUUGUGUUAUUGUAUUAUUAUCCAAUUUUAUCGUGAAAAAAGUUCGCCAUUCAAAGUCUACUAAACAUAACACAUUGCGCUCUGUCCGGAACGUCCUUCGCUGUGCGAGUUAGCAUCGGUAUUCGACGUCAUUCUGCAGCAAAAGCAGCACCAAGCGACGACGGCAGCAAAAAUUGCUCUCCGACCACGAAGGCGAAGACUUCCACGGAAGACACCACCUGUGCAGAAUCAACCAUUUAUGGAUCUACCAAGGAAUUUGCAUGAUUGCUACUUCUUCUACUACUCGACAUGUAAAAAGGGAACGAAUUGCGAGUAUCGCCAUGAGCCAGCUGCGCUUGGCCACGAAGAAACCUGCAAACUGUGGCAAGAAGGGAAAUGUUACAACCGGACGUGCACCAUGCGUCAUAUGAAGAUUGAGAAGCCACGUUCGGCUACUCCGUGCUUCUGGGAGGAUCAACCGGGCGGGUGCCGAAAGCCGCACUGUGUGUUCCAGCAUAAAACUCCGAAACCCCAGGCUCCUCCAUCACAUCCGGCAACAACGAGCAGUAUGAUGUCCCAGGUGGCAGCCCAGGCCGCUUCCGGAGCUCCUACAGCCAGCGCGGCUGGCACAGCGCCACAUAUGAUGCACACCACUUCCCCGGCGGUUGUUUUGGACUACAACUACGCUACUCUACUGCCCCGCAUCAUCUAAACUGGACGGAGGAACGUAACGAGCGGAGCGGAUCUUCCAGGGCCACCGUGGAAGAAGGAGGAGAACGCUCGAAUGUACGCAGGAACAGGGGUAGCUUGUUGAACCAUCUUCUCCGCGCACGUUUGGAUCCCGUUGCGCCAGCGCAGUUGAACUUUCUUCGUUUUGGAACCGUUUGUACUUUUGCUUUGUCCACCCUCCCCAUCAUCCUCACCCCGGAAACGUAAGUUAAUUUAAAUUAUUCACCGUUUGUUUGUUUAAAGAAAAACAGCCCGGAUCGAAGUGUAGGAACCGGAACUUCAAAUGCAACUACAUAGUGCAAUAGGAUUCGUGUUGAUAAGCAUUUUUUGGUAGAUUACGAUUUAGAGAGAAACGAGGCCGGUUCUGCUUUCACGAUUGCAUCUAUUAAUGAUUAUUAUAUCCAGUUUAGUUAUUUAGGUAUUAAUUGUUUUUUUUUUGAAGGAAGUGAUUAUGAAUCAACAAUGAAACUAUCUUAUAUUAUCACGUAUCUUGUUAUGAAGUCUAAUGCAUUAUUAUCCUUAUUUAUAUAUGCCUAAUUGUGUAAUGGUAGGGAGGAGCAAGGAUUCUUGGUUUUUCUUUGAGUUAAUGCACUUUAAAUUGUAUUUCAUUGAAGCAAACUUAUAUAGCCCUAGUGUAGUGAAAUUGCUAAACAAAACUAGUGAAAAUAAUCGUCAUCAAAGCUGAGGCAAAAUAAAAUAAAAACUUUGAAUAAAACUCUGGAAUCAUCCACUUACCACUCUUUAACAAAAAAAUGUAGGAUUUCGGAAGCUAUUUUCUCCCCAGCGUUAUUAAAUGGGGGAACGCGUUCACAAUUUUCGAUUUACAUAAAGAAGUAUUUUGCGCAUUUGUUUAAUUUUUUGUUUAUUGGUUUAUAGACAAAUGCAAUUUUCGUCCUAUACAUCGCCGUGUGCAGUAUUCUGAACAUUGUUGCCUUGAAGUUGGAGUUAUCCUUCAUUCACAGUUUUCUUAUAUAUUUUUUGCAAACCUGGCACAAGUGCAUUUUGAUUCACCAAUAUUUCAAAAUCUUGUAUAUCAUAGGGUUAGCACUCUAUGACUCUAUACUCAGGAAUGCCAGAAAAGUCACCACCCGAAAUUUUGCUACACCGAACAUGGAUUAAGACCAAGCCACUUUUAGCAUGGUUUGUUAUGUAGACGACUGAAAGCAACUAAUUAUUUGUUGUAUUUCAAACUCUAAUAUAUUAUUGGUGACCCAUAUAGUUAUUUAAUAAUGAAUAGAAAGGAUCUGAGUCAUUCGGGGUCUAAGUCGUUUCCCCAUUUGAUUUUGCUCGAACAAAAAUGUAUUUUGAAAGGCAUUUUUCAAUUUUUCUUUGGCUCCCUUGUGAAGAAUGCGUAUAGACUAAAUGAAACGAAAACAAUUUCCGUGUUCGCUUUUAGAUCUCGAGGAUGUAGCUUAUCAGUGUUGGAACAAAUAA